AUGCCCCAGUGCAGCCUGCCCAUAGAGGCAGUCACCAUGGCUGAGUUUGGAGAGCUCAUGAAUGUUCUGGGGGAGUUUGGGCCAUAUCAGAAAUUGGUGGUACUGUUCACCUCUCUCCCACAGUUUCUUCUUCCAUUCCAGAUGAUUGGCCAAGAGUUCAUGGUUCUGGAUGUGCCACAUCACUGUGACACCAGCUGGAUUCGUGCUGUCGGCCCCAACUUGACGGAGGAAGAGCAGCUGAACCUCACCCUGCCCCGAGAUGCAGCCGGGGCAUACGAGCAGUGCUCCAUGUACUCGCCGGUGGACUGGGACCUGGACUCCAUCAGGACCUACGGCCUGAAUGCCACGGAGAAGUGCCGCAGUGGGUGGGUGUACCCUCCAGGACAGCCACCAUCCCUGCUGACCGAGUUUGACCUGGUGUGUGACAGGAAGGACCUGAAUGACAUCUCCCAGUCUAUCUACAUGGCAGGGCUUCUCCUAGGAUCCAUAAUCCUUGGGACACUGAGUGACAGGAUCGGCCGCCGGCCAGCCUUUCUGAUCUCCAUCUGCCUCUAUGGCUUGUUUGGGCUAGGAGCUGCCUUUGCGCCCCAUCUCUAUGUGUACAUAGCCUUCAGGUGUGUCGUGGGGGCUGCAGUGUCAGGAAUUCUGAUCACUGCCUUGACCUUGGGUACAGAAUGGGUUGGUGCCUCCUCCCGGCCCAAGGCAGUGCUUCUCAGCCACUGCCUUUCUGCCCUCGGGCAGAUGGCUUUGGCUGGAGUCAGUUAUGGAAUUCGCAACUGGAGGCUGCUGGAGAUAGCAGGAUCUGCUCCAAUGUUGGCCCUUUUAUUCUACAUCUGGGUGCUACCAGAAUCAGCUCGAUGGCUGGUAACAAAAGGCAGAAUAGAAGAAGCCAAGAAGGUCCUUCAGAAAGCAGCAUCCUUCAACAAGUGCACCAUCCCACCAGAGCUGCUUGAGCAGCUGAAAGGUUUGAAACAGACCAAGUCUGGAAGCAUUCUGGACCUCUUUCAGAAUAAACACCUCCGUAAGGUGACGCUGAUCAUGUCACUCACCUGGUUUGCAGACAGUCUUGUCUACUAUGGGUUGAGCCUCAGCGUGUCAAGUUUUGGUCUGGACGUCUACCUGACACAGCUUGCCUUUGGGGCAGUGGAGUUACCAGCUCGUCUGUCCUGCAUUUUCCUGCUUGAGUGGUUUGGGAGGAAGAAAACCCAGGCAGUUCUCCUGCUGCUCUCAGGCUUGAUGUGUCUCAUCAUCGCUGGCAUUCCUCAAGAUCAGACUGUGGCCAUCACUGUCCUGGCCAUCAUCGGCAAGUUUACAGCCACAGCCUCUUUCUCCAGCUCCUAUGUCUAUAUUGCAGAGCUCCUCCCCACAAUCAUCAGACAGACCGGCGCAGGACUAUGCUCCAUGUCAGCACGGAUUGCAGGGAUCAUGGCGCCCCUGAUCCGUCUCCUGGGAGAGUUCCACCAGGCCAUCCCCAUGGCCGUCUUUGGGAGUCCCCCUGUGGUUGUGGGGCUGCUCUGCUUCCUGCUGCCUGAGACCCGUGGCAAUCAGUUAGCAGACAGCACAGGAGAGGCCACUCCUAAGCCCAGAAGCAACAAGCUGGAAGUUUUGCCCAAGAAAGGCACCACAGAGGAUGGAGUAGACUUGGAGAAGGAUGUAUACCAAAGCUCAGAGAACAAGUUAUGA